AUGGAGUUUCGAAGACGAGAGAACCAAGCAGGAAGUAAUGCAGCCAGCGAAUUGAGCCAUGGAUCAACGGCUACGAAUGGCUCUAGUGGGGAUCUGGAGGGCAGAAUGAAGGAUCUGGAGAAGCAGAUUGCACACCGGAAGCCACAUCACCAUAGGCGCAUCUCAGACGUGGAGCUGGAAGGCACAGACAAAGAAAUUACACUCAAACAGAGGCUGAGGCAUACGGGUGGCUUUGCGACCUUGCUCUCUGUCCAACCACACAAAUUCACAGGACUCAUGACUAUUGGAACCAUAGUCUACAUCUUCGACCUCGUACUGUUUGUCAUUCUAUGCGCGACCAUCACAACUCGCUUUAUCAUGUACCCUGGAUCUUUCCACAAAUCUCUCAAGCAUCCGUCAGAAGCCCUCUUCUUCCCGACAUUCUGGCUCUCCUUGCCCACUAUCAUCGGAGGCAUGAACAACUAUGGUGUGGGCAAUGUUGGCGAAUGGCUAAUCGUGGUAUUACGAGUCCUCUUCUGGCUCUACUUCUCGUGCACGCUUCUUGUCGCCAUCUUCCAGUAUUGGUAUCUCUUCAUGGCAAAGCAAUUACUCGUCAAAUACAUGGCACCCUCAUGGAUUCUCCCCAUUUUCCCCGUCAUGCUGUCUGGAACACUGGCAAACAUCAUCGCUAGCAACCAACCUCCAGAGCAAAGACUACCCAUCAUUGUCGCCGGCGUGGCAAGUCAAGGAUUAGGCUGGACAGUGGCAGUGAUGCUCUACGCCGUCAUGCUAGUCAGACUAAUGGAAUACGGACUCCCACCCCCAAACGCACGUCCCGGCAUGUUCAUCUGCGUGGGCCCUCCUGGCUUCACCAUCUUGGCUCUGAUAGGCAUGUCCGAAGCUUUACCUCAAGGCUACGGCUACUUUGCCACCAACCCCACUGCACUGCCCGCUCUCCAAGCCAUGGCCCUCUUCGUCAGCAUCUUCAUCUGGAUGAUUGGCUUUUGGUGGUUUUGCAUUGCCAUCGUCAGUGUACUCUACGGCAUCAAGAAGAUGUCUUUUUCGCUGGUGAAUUGGGCGUUGGUGUUUCCCAAUGUUGGAUUCACGAUUUCGACGAUUAAUAUUGGGCAGACGUUGGAGAGUCAGGGGAUUCAAUGGGUGGGCAGUGUGAUGAGUGUGCUUGUGUUUGUUAUUUGGCUAUUUAAUUUGUUUGCACAUGCUAGGGCGGUGUUGACGAAGCGGAUGAUGAUGCCUGGACAGGAUGAGGAUCAA